UUGGAAUUCACACCUAUCUUGGGAGUAAACUUUUGUAAAAAUGUUAAUUUAAGUCAUAAUUUAGAGCGGAAAAGUGUUGGCAUUUGGUCGAAUUGUAAUGUAUGCAGUUUAAGUACUGGAUCUAAGUUAAAUAUCAUAAAAAUGUCGUUAAAAUCAUUUUCGUUUACCUGUAACGCCGUUGCGAAUUGUGAAGUGCCUGCACAGAGUGCUAUUCGAGUAAAUAUAGAAUCACCGUUUAAGGAGCCUGUAGCACAAAACUUGCUUGCCCAACUAAUAUCCGGCUUAAGCAUGCCGAUUUGUAAGGAUAUGAAUAAAAUUCCUAAUAAUAAGCCAAUGGAAACCGGAAUAAGAGAAAAUGAAAGAAUACCUGAAGAUAGUAGCGAUAAAGUGAAAGAUAGUUCUUUUAAUACUCAUCCGAUAAACCUAGGAUGCAGUUACUGGAAACAGCGACAACGAACUCUGUCUGAACAUAGCGAUGAUGUAUACUUUUUAGAAGAUGACGCAAGCAACACCCAAAACCCUGAACAAUAUUCUACCUACUAUGACGAUGAUGAUGAGGACUCCGAAGAUGAUGAAUGUUCUUCAAACAGCAGUUUUGGAUGUAAUGCUGAAAAAUUAAAUGACUGCGUUGAAAGUAGUAAAAGGGUCCGCUUUAAUUUAAAUCCCGAAAUUCAUGUGAUGUAUGCCUGGAACUUCGCUUAUAGGUCUGCAAGGAAGGGACAUUGGGAGAGUCUUGCCCGUGAUAGAGAUCGUUUUCGUAAACGUAUUGAAAGCACAUCUAAAUACAUAAAUCCCAUUUUAACUCCUGAACAUCGUAGUUUUAUCUAUAAUACGAGGUUUGACAAGAACAUGUAGUAAGAAGUUUAAGUAGAAUGUAUACUAUUUGUAACUGUAAUAAAAAAUAAAGAAUAAUAUGUAAAACUAGAGGCACUAGCAAUUAUGAAUUAAGACUUUUUUAAAGAAAUAAAAAUUUAUGAGCGCUUUGGCUAAAAAAAUA